AAUUUGUGCCUGCCAGCUUUUCUCGGGCACUGGCUGCAAAUGUAGGAUUACAAAGUACAAUCUGUCUUAAGUAAAGGUAAAAGGAAAAGAUAGAGAGAGCAUUUGGGUGGGAUAAUUCUGGGCUGAGAGAGAGAGAGAGAAGAGAGAGAGAGAUGUUGGAGAAUUGGAGAGUGGCGGCAGUGGUCUUCAGCCUCUGCAUUUUGGGACCGAGGCCCAGUUCAGUUGAUGCUGCCACAGACCCGUCAGAAGAAACGGUCUGUACUGAUUUUGGGAGCAGAUAGUGGCGUUAAGAAUUUGGAGAGGAGUUAUCUGAUGAGGAAAGUUGCUUACUUGUAGUUGCUCUGCUGCUCUGAGGGACAUGUAUAGCAGUUUAAAUUCUCCUCCUCAGCUAACCCAAUGGAGUUCAACUGGUGAUGACCCAUGUGGGCAGUCUUGGAAAGGCGUUACUUGCACAAGCUCACGAGUGACAGAAAUUAAAUUGUCGGGGCUUGGACUUUCUGGAUCGAUGGGGUACCAUCUCUCAAGUUUGACCAUGCUAACCAGCCUAGACAUGAGCAAUAAUAAUCUUGCAGGCGAGAUACCUUAUUCACUUCCUCCAAAUGUGUCACAACUGAAUCUUGCUUAUAAUACAUUUAAUAAAGGCGUCCCUUAUUCCAUUUCUCAGAUGGCUUCUCUUAAAUACCUAAACAUCAGUCACAAUCAACUACAGGAACAACUGUUUGACGCCUUUGGACAACUUUCUUCUCUCUCUACAUUGGAUCUUUCAUUCAAUUCUCUGCCGGGAAACCUCCCACAGAGUUUCAGCUCCCUCUCAAGUAUGACCUCAAUGUAUUUGCAAAACAACCAGUUUACAGGCAAUAUUGAUGUCCUUGCCAAUCUUCCCCUGGAGAAUCUGAAUAUUGAAAAUAACCAUUUCACUGGCUGGAUUCCUGAACAAUUGCAAAACAUUAAUCUGCAGAAAAAUGGAAAUUCAUGGAGCUCAGAGCCUGCACCCCCACCUCCACCUGGUACACCUCCAGCCAGAAAAAGACCAAAUCACAAAUCUGGUGGCAAUGAAAGCCCAUCAGAUGGUUCGGGAGGUGGCAACAAACCAGGAAUUGGAGGUGGUGGCAUAGCAGGAAUAGUCAUAUCCAUCUUUAUUGUCGGGGCAAUAGUUGCAUUCUUUUUAAUGAAGAGAAGAUCCAGGAGGCCAUUAUCAGAUAUUGAGAAGCUUGAUAAUCAGCCCUUUGCUCCUCAUGCUUCAACUGAAGUCCAAGAAGUGAAGGCGGUACAAACUUCUUCCGUAAUCAAGACACAUUCUUUUGAUACUAAUGCCUCAAUAAAUCUUAGACCCCCACCCAUCGAUCGUCACAAAUCAUUUGAUGAAGAUUGUUUUCCACAGAAGCCUAUUGUUGCCAAGAAAGCUAACAUAGCUCCUAUAAAUGCAACAUCAUAUUCAGUAGCAGACCUGCAGAUGGCUACUGACAGCUUCAGUGUAGAAAACCUUCUGGGUGAGGGGUCUUUUGGACGUGUUUAUCGAGGUCGAUUUGAUGAUGGGAAGAUUCUUGCUGUGAAGAAAAUAGAUUCAUCUGCCCUUCCUGCUGAAUUGUCAGAAGAAUUCACAGAGAUGGUUUCAAACAUCUCCCAGCUGCAUCAUCAAAAUAUAGCAGAGCUAGUUGGUUAUUGUUCAGAGCAUGGGCAGCAUCUGCUAGUUUAUGAGUUCCAUAAAAGUGGCUCACUUCAUGACUUCCUGCAUCUAUAUGAUGAUUACAGCAAACCGUUGACGUGGAACUCCCGCGUCAAGAUUGCUUUGGGGACUGCACGUGCAUUGGAGUACCUACAUGAAGUUUGCUCUCCAUCUGUAGUUCACAAGAAUAUCAAGUCAGCCAACAUUUUGCUGGAUGCAGAACUGAAUCCUCACCUGUCAGACUCUGGCCUGGGAAGCCUUGUCCCAAAUGCAGAUCAGAUUUUGAGCCGGAAUGCAGGAUCUGGAUACAGUGCACCUGAGGUUGCCAUGUCUGGUCAGUAUACUCUUAAGAGUGAUGUUUACAGUUUCGGAGUGGUGAUGUUGGAGCUUCUUAGUGGGCAUAAACCAUUUGAUAGCACAAGGCCAAGAUCUGAGCAGUCCUUGGUUCGAUGGGCAACACCUCAGCUCCAUGAUAUUGAUGCUCUUGGAAAAAUGGUUGAUCCGGCCCUUAAAGGGCUCUACCCAGUAAAAUCUCUCUCACGGUUUGCUGAUGUCAUUGCACUUUGCGUCCAGCUGGAGCCUGAGUUUCGACCACCUAUGUCAGAAGUGGUUCAAGCGCUUGUUCGUUUAGUGCAACGAACGAACAUGAGUAAGAGAACAAUUGGAAAUGACCUAGGAGCAUCCCAAAGAGCCGUCAACUCAGACACGCAUGAGUGAAUCCAUGCCUCCAACGUCUGCAAAAUUCUUCUUUGAUAAAACAGAGAAGAAACAGCAAAGUUUCUUGGUUUUUCUUCUUUUUCUUUCAUUUUUUCUUUUUACUCCCUGAAUGGAGCUUGUAAAUACCAGUUAUUUAGCCUGCUGCACCAUUUGCUAUCCAAAAGUUAUAUGGACAAUAUAAAGUUAAACUGUA